UACGCUUUACAGAACAAGACAUAAAAUACUAAUACAAGAUGGUAGCAACAAAAAAAACGUCGCAAUACUCAAAUGCAGUUUAGCUAGACAUAAAAAAUGACUGCACCAGGUGAAUUGAUUGUUAUUGGAGCUGGACUUCCUCGAAAUGGCACCCAUACAACAAAAACAGCUUUAGAAGUACUUUUGCCUGGAAAAUGUCAUCACAUGUAUCCAAUAAUUGAAAAACACCAGGCAGAAUGGAAAUGUAUAUUAAACGAUGGCAUGUCUGAUGAGGAGUUUAAGUCUUUCUUUCUUUCAAAUGGAUACAUUGCUGCAGUAGAUGCUCCAGUAACAUUCUUUUAUGAAAGAAUGAUGAAAGUAUUUCCAAAUGCCAAAGUAAUACUGAACGUGCGAGAACCAAAGUCGUGGGAGCGAUCAAUGAAUAAAACCGUUUAUCCGUUGUUAACCAAAGGCUUUCUUUUCCCAGAUGAUGCUUUUGAGAUGUUAGGCUGGUUCAAAUCCUAUCUUAUCUAUAGGAGAGAAUUUUAUCGUGUUUUAAUGAAACACCCCCGAGUGAGUGAGAUGAUUGCAUCGGUAAGUUGCGGUAAUGGCGUGGAAUAUUACAACAAGUGGGUGGAAGAAGUCAAACGAAAUGUAAGUGAAGAAAAACUGCUGGUAUUUAGUGUUAAGGAGGGUUGGAAACCACUGUGCAAGUUUUUAAAUGUGCCAAUCCCAUCCCAGCCCUUUCCGCAUUCCAACGAUAGCAAGGCGUUUGAGGAGCGCAUUGCUUUAAAUCACAAACGCUCCAUGUUGCUAAUGUAUGAGCUGAUAACAAUCCCAAUGGCAAUUUGGAUGUUUUCUAAACUGUGCUGGAAAAAAUGAAAUUUGUUGGCAAAACAAAUAACUAGGCCUUGUUUCAAAUUUAAAAUCAAACAUUCUCGUGAGCAUUUAUUUUUUUGGUUUUCUUGUUGUUUAAGGACUUAUCAAGUAAAUAGUCGAAGCAAUUAAUGUAGUAAGCUGUUUGCUCUAUUUUUUGUUAUAAAAGCCUUCAACAGUGUGUUAGCUACGCUACUCUAUUUUUGUAUCUUUUCCCUUAUUGAGGUAUUCUAAUUUAUAAGGUUGCUAGAAUGCGUCGACAUAAAAUUAAGUUUGCUUAAAACAAAACCUCAAUGAAUUUGUUUCCUGCAUUUCGUACAGUUUCGAACAGUUUUUGAUAAAAUAUCUGGGUAUCUGUGUUGUUAUUAUGGUCAGUUUCUGUGAAGUGUUUACAAACAAAAAAUAAAAAGGCACAAAAUUUUAUUCACGUCAAAAAAAAGCAAACAGUUUACGUUUUUUUUUUUGUUGCUACCAUCUUGUAUUAGUAUUUUAUGUCUUGUUCUGUAAAGCGUAUGUAGUGAAAUGUCAUUAGUAAAUAUUUAAGGGUAUCCUUAAUUGUUGCAUGUUAUAUUAUCAAUGGAGUAAUUAAAAAUUUAGUAUUUAACUUUAA